AUGCAGGAGACAGUUACUGACGGUACAAAUGAACUUAGGAUCGAUACUGCUGUAAAGAUGGACGCCAGGAUAACGAACAAUAGACCCGAUAUCCAACUCUACGACAGGAGAAAUAAAAGGAUAUUUAUAGUCGAAGUCGGAAUCACGUGUCCAACUAAGGUUUCAGAUACGGAAUCUUAUAAGCAAAGGAAAUACGAUGUCCUUGCAAAAGAAUUAUGCUGCAUCCAUAAUAUGCCAGCAUGCACCGUUCCAAUAGUAUAUUCUUGGGAUGGCAUAGUUACAAAAUACCACGCGAAGCACCUAGAGAAAAUAGCUUUGCCCACAAAAAUCAGAGCCUACAUGCAGACUAGAGUACUACGUACCACCUUUGAUUCGGUAACUCACGAUCGAAGAAGAGGAGUUGAAGAAAGAGCUCCAGAAGAAAAGCUGGAAGACAUCCUCGAAAGGUUCCUCGGAAACCUCUUGCAUGCGAAUUAG